UCUCUCUCUCUCUCCUAUUCUCUCUUCACUUCCUCUUCUUCCAUAGCAAACUCCAGCUAAACUACUCCACAAACAGCUAAAAGACCCAGCAAUAAAAACAAGCAGCAGGGUCAAAAAGUUUUAAUCAGUUCUCUAGAUCGCCGGUUUCCGGCAUGGAAAACCAGCACAGAAGUGAAUAUCAGCCACUGCCGGCGGAUUCUUCCUUCUAAAUGCAAGGAAAGAGCCGUCUACACCGAGUUGAUGUCAGUGUUCAAAGUUCCGACGAUGAUGAGGAGGAUGAUGGAAGAAGAAGUAUAACAACACAAGAAGUGUUCUCAGGGGCUUCUUCUACCCCUCUCAACUUGUCUUGUGUUUCUUUUUCUUCUUCUCACACUGAACUGGACCUCGCUUUAGUAUUAUUCAUUAUUUAUUUAGUUUCCGCCGUCACUGGGUUCUGCUGGGAAGUAUCAGCAAUGGCUGCUACUGCCAAUACUGCUCCUUUAGAGUCCUCGGUUCCAGUCUCGGCAGACGACCUCACGGCGAAGGCGGUCCACAAGCGCUAUGAGGGGCUGGUGACGGUGAGGACCAAAGCCAUAAAGGGCAAAGGGGCUUGGUACUGGGCACACCUGGAACCCAUGCUGGUUCAGAAUUCCGAUACUGGUCUCCCCAAGGCCGUCAAGCUCCGGUGCUCGCUGUGCGAUGCUGUGUUCUCUGCUUCGAACCCAUCUCGCACUGCUUCUGAACAUCUCAAGAGGGGUACUUGCCCCAAUUUCAGUUCCGUUCCGAAACCCAUAUCCUCUGUUUCACCUCCUCCCAUCACUACCCUCGCUUCCCCUUCGUCUCACCCUCCUCAAACUCAUACUCACCACCACUACCCCAGCCACCGCAAACGCAGUGCAUCUUCCACCGUCUCCGGCGGUGGUGGCAGUGGCGGCGGCAGCGCGACUCCCUCCUACCAGGUUCCACCACUCGCCAUGGUCGACCCUUCCCGCUUGUGCUCCGACCUCGGUUACUCCUCCGCAACAGUGGUUGCCACUACGACUUCUGCAGCGCCUUUGCUUCCACCUCAGCAGCAGCAUUUGAUGCUGUCGGGUGGGAAGGAAGACUUGGGUGCUCUCGCUAUGCUAGAGGAUAGCGUGAAGAAGCUCAAGAGUCCCAAGACCUCCCCAUGCCCGACCCUUAGCAAGAACCAGAUUGACUCAGCUUUGAAUCUCCUCGCCGACUGGCUGUAUGAGUCCUGUGGUGCCGUUUCCAUCUCAAGCCUCGAACAUCCCAAGUUCCGAGCGUUCCUUAAUCAGGUGGGUCUGCCCGCAGUUUCUCGCAAGGAGUUUGCGGGCACCAGGUUGGAUGCCAAGUUUGAAGAAGCCAAGACCGAGUCAGAUGCGAGGAUUAGGGAUGCGAUGUUCUUCCAAGUUGCCUCUGAUGGAUGGAAACCUAAGCAAUCGGGAUUUGUUGGUGGAGAAAACUUGGUGAAUUUGACGGUGAACCUCCCCAAUGGAACCAGCGUGUAUCAGAAGGCAGUGUUCAGUAGCGGCCUUGUUCCGUCCAAGUAUGCCGAAGAGAUUCUGUGGGAGACGAUCACGGGCAUAUGUGGGAGUGUAGUGCAACGUUGUGUGGGGAUCGUUGCUGACAAGUUCAAGGCCAAGGCAUUGAGGAAUUUAGAGAAUCAGAACCAUUGGAUGGUUAACCUCUCUUGUCAGCUUCAGGGGUUUAUUAGCCUUAUCAAGGACUUCAGCAGAGAGCUUCCACUAUUCAAGACUGUUACUCUCAACUGCCUAAAGCUUGCAAAUUUUUUUAACUCCCAGUCUCAAGUUCGGAACAGCUUCCAGAAAUACCAAUUGCAGGAGCUUGAACACUCGGGUUUGCUUCGGGUUCCCCCACCUGAGUUUGAGAAUACUAAGAACUUCGCUUCUGUGUAUGCCAUGUUGGAGGACAUUAUGAAUUCUGCCAGGGCACUUCAGUCGGUUGUGUUAGAUGAAUCGUAUAAGAUUGCAUGCGUGGAAGACCCAGUUGCGAGGGAGGUGGCCGAUAUGAUUGAAGACAUGGAGUUUUGGACUGACUUAGAGGCAAUUCACGCCCUUGUGAAGCUGAUCAAAGGGAUGGCUCAGGAGAUUGAGACAGAGAGACCGUUGGUCGGACAAUGCCUACCGCUUUGGAAGGAGCUGAGGACAAAACUGAAGGAAUGGUGUGCCAAAUUCAACAUUCCAGAAGGACCUGUGGAGAAGGUAAUUGAAAAGAGGUUCAAGAAGAACUACCAUCCAGCUUGGUCAGCUGCCUUCAUACUUGACCCGCUCUACUUGGUGAAGGACACAAGCGGAAAGUACCUCCCACCCUUCAAGUGCUUGACACCUGAGCAGGAGAAGGAUGUGGACAAGCUCAUAACCAGCUUAGUAUCCAGGGAGGAAGCCCAUAUUGCACUGAUGGAGCUCAUGAAGUGGAGGUCAGAAGGUCUCGACCCACUGUAUGCACAGGCUGUCCAAGUUAAGCAGCGAGACCCAACGACAGGGAAGAUGAAAAUUGCAAAUCCGCAAAGCAGUAGAUUGGUGUGGGAAACAUGCCUCAGCGAAUUCAAGUCAUUGGGGAAAGUCGCAGUGAGGCUCAUUUUCCUCCAUGCAACAUCUUGCGGUUUCAAGUGCAACUGGUCAUUCAUGAGGUGGGUGUGCUCCCAUGGGCACUCAAGGGCAGGCAUGGAAAGGGCUCAGAAGAUGAUAUUCAUUGCAGCCCAUUCCAAGCUUGAAAGGCGAGAGUUUUCCGACGAGGAGGACAAGGAUGUGGAGUUGUUCGCUUCAGCAAAUGAUACCAGGGGACUGGAGAGGCCAACAUGAGAGAGAGACAUGGUUUGUUUAUGGGAAUUGUUGAGUAAGCUUGAAAAAGAGGAAGUUGCCAAGGACACUAUAGAACGGUCUUGAUAUGGAAAUGGGAAGUCUUUGAGUCUCUUUUCAGAUGGGUUAUUUUGCUAGAGCUGGUUGGGUGGAUGGCAAACCAGACUUGUCACUUUGUGGUCAACCUUGUAAGGAUCCGAGAGCAGAUCUUUGUAGCCAAAGGAAACCAUAUUGCCUGUUCUAUCUUAUUCAUAUCUCUUGAGGUAUCUGUAUUAAGCGAGUGGAGACCCACCAUGAAGGCAGUGGACGUCUAUCUCUAAGCUUUGUUUGUCAUGGUCAAAGAAAAAGUGGAACUCAGGGGGUCCUUCUUUGGAUGACUUGUCUUUUAAACAUUCCAAAGCUCGUAAUCUCAGCCUUCCUUAGGCUGGGCCCUUUCAACUUUUGUUCUCAAUGUUGAAAAUUGGGAUUGUGGUGGUGUUGUCCAUGAACAUGGUCAUGAUUGUUGAAGGGUCUUGAAAGGACCUGAAGCAAGAGGAGGUCUGUCUCCAUCUGGGAGCAGGAAGAUUCCCCGAUAGCCGAUUCUGCAACAAAUCUGAGCUGAUUCGCAGGUUCACGGCAGCUUGAGUUUAGAACCAUUCCUCGGCGGCUGCUGCUUCUGCUUCUGAUACAAUCUAAAUUCACUGCAUAUGUUCACAUUCAUGU